GAGGCGGGCGCCGCCAUGGCGGCUGUUGAGGGGGGGAAGCGCCUGCGAGAGGCGCCACAGAGCCGCCCGCAGCGCCUCUCGCGAGACUUCACGGCGAUUUCUCGCGAGAGCUCUCCCCGUCCCUCAUGGGGCAACUUGCACUGCUACAGCUCGCCUCUCCGACCCAGCCACAGGGUCUGCCACAGGGGUUGGAAUACCCUCUGCAGGGGCAACUUGCACUGCUACAGUUCGUUUCUCCGACCCAGCCACAGGGUCUGCCACAGGGGUUGGAGUACCCUCUGCAGGGGCAACUUGCACUGCUACAGUUCGUUUCUCUGACCCAGCCACAGGAGUGGGAACGGCUGCGGGAGCUGGAACGGCUGCGGGAGCCAGGACGGCUGCGGGAGCUAGAGCUGGAACGGCUGCGGGAGCUGGAGCUGGAACGGCUGCGGGAGCUGGAACGGCUGCAGGAGCUGGAGCUGGAACGGCUGCGGGAGCUGGAGCUGGAACGGCUGCGGGAGCUGGAACGGCUGCAGGAACCGAAACCGGGACGGCUGCGGGAGCUGGAGCUGGAACGGCUGCGGGAGCUGGAACGGCUGUGGGAGCCGGAACCGGGACGGCUGCGGGAGCUGGAGCUGGAACAGCUGCGGGAGCUGGAGCUGGAACGGCCGCAGGGUCUGUCACUAGGUUGAUAGUAGCAUCAAUUGCAGCUCGAUAGGCACAGGCCAGACCCCAGCACGCCACAGUGAUUUGUGUCACUUUGGAACUGCCAGAGUCAUGACACCUUUUUUUCAAGCAUUCUACCAGUUUUUUAGGAUUUUGCAGUUGUUCAGGGGUGAACGUCCAAAACACUGGAGGUGCCCACUGCCCUAGAAACCUGCCCAUAUCCUCCCACACUCCCUGCCAUUCGCAAAUAUCCCGCCUCAAGACAGAUCUCCGGAUGAGAUUCCUAAGUAGUUGUUUAACCUUAAACAAAACCUGAAGCGCAUUCAGGAGACAUAACAACAAGAACAUGCUGGUCUGAGUAUCCCAAGGAUAUUCAACAUCUUGGAGAGCUACCGUAACUAGCUCGGGGGAUAAGAGGGUGGUGAAGGAGGAAGGGAGAGUGAACAGGUAGGAAAAAAUAUCUUCCCCUGUCCCCUCCAGAGAUUGACUCCCUGAUGAAAAAAGGCAAUAGGUGUAAUUGCUAAUAGUUUCUGAGAUAUGGUUUCCGAAGUAUAGAGUCAACGACAGUGCUGAGUACAAAUACCAGGUUAGAGUCAUGACCAGAAAUCUCAUCAUUUCAUAAGCCAUCGUUACACCACACAGUACCAUAACAAUCUUAAACCAGGGCCCGGAAAGGAUAAACAGCACGACAGGGAGCACAUACAGAAAGUAACGUGCUAUAAAACUCAAUUUGGGAAACAGGUACAGCAGACUUGAGAUUAAGGCAAUCAACAUUGUGACUAGCAACUAUUAAGCAGGUUGAAUACUUAUACCAAUUUUAGUUUAACACACUCUGGUCAAAUCUGUCGAUAUCUCAACCCUUCGAGCCCCACGUUGGGCGCCAAAUGGACUGUUGUGGUUUAGCCCGGCUGGCAGCCAAACACCACACAGCCGUUCGCUCACCCUCCCCCCUCCCUCUCCGGGAUGGGGGAGAGAAACGGGAAAGUGAAGCCUGUGAGUUGAGAUAAAGACAGUUUAUUAAGACAGGAAAAAUAAUAACAAUAAUAAUAAUAAUAAUAAUAAUAAUAGUAUUAAUAGUAAUAAUGUGUACGAAAUAAGUGAUGCACAAUGCAAUUGCUCACCACCCUGUUGACCGAUGCCCAGCCUAUCCCCGAGCAGCCGGCCCCCCACCCCGGCUAGCCACCCCUAUAUAUUGUUCAGCAUGACGUCAGAUGGUAUGGAAUACCCCUUUGGCCAGUUUGGGUCAGCUGUCCUGGGUCUGUCCCCUCCCAGCUCCUGCUGCAUCCCUAGCCUGCUCGCUAGCAGGACAGAGAGAGGCUGAAAAGUCCUUGGCUUGGUGUAAGCACUGCUCUACAACAAUUAAAACAUCAGCAUGUUAUCAGCGCUCUUCUCAUUCUAAUCCAAAACAUAGCACCCUGCCAGCUACUAGGAGGAAAAUUAACUCUGUCCUACCUGAAACCAGGACAAGAAGAAGAGCCUUCCUCUUCACCUUGAAAGCAUUUAUAACGGCACAACCAAAGGAGCCACCGAAAGAUCAGAUGAGCAGCACAAAAAUGUCCUUUUUAAAAUAAAUGG